AUGUCCUCCUUGAAUGCAAACAUCGCCACUGCUAACAAGGCCUUCAGCGAUGCCGCUGACAAGAUUGAGCACCUUCUGGGCCAAGCUUGGCAAUUAGAUGCCGGCAAUCCUGAACAUCUCACUAUAGUGAUGGAGAUGGGCAGGGCUUUGACCCAGGCAAUGAUGUCUCAUGGCAGGAGUGUUACCAUCCUCUCGCCGCUAAUUUUGUCGGCUGCUGCAGAACUGCAGCAGCACAUGAAUGCAUCCAGGACCGGUCUCACCGGCACACCCGCUUGGGGAAACAUUCGAGGUGACGAUAUCCGCAUCAAAACUCACCCUUUGUUCCCUUCCAUCAGGAACUACCGGCGGAGCCCUUCGGCCUCAGCUUCUCCACCACGCCUGGGCCCAUCUCAGCUCAGGAAGCAGCUUGCGAUGGAGGAGCCUGAGGAAUGCGGUGCUCGGAGCCGCAGCCGCCCAGCCAUGUCCAAGCGGCAGCAGCAGAAGUCAAAGGCCAUCAUUACCAGUGACGAUGAACUUGAAGAAGAGGAACCAGCGAGUCCGGUUAUCACAGAAGACGCUGUGGAGCUGCCGAGGAAGAUCACCGCCGCACCUGUUGCCAAGCCGAUGACUUCAGGUCCAGAUCUCAUGGAGGAUGAGUUUGCCAAUUUGACGGCAGAAGUUUGGGCUCUCCGCUGCGGCCUAUCACAAGGACCACGGCAGAAAGUUGCGCGUGUGUGCGCUUUGCAGCCGCCUGAAGAUUUGAUGCGGAGGCAAGGGCUCCGAGGCGCCGAAAAUGAAGCCGAAGUCGGUGAUGGCACGGUGCACAUGCUCCCAAUCUUGGCGCCAUUGCUCGCCACCACCUGGUACAUCUCAUUUUUUACAACCCCAGCUGCUUUUGUUGCUCCGGCAGCCAGCCAGGAGCAGCCACCUCCCCCGCAAGUUGAGAUCCGGGCUGAGCCAGCCCCUCCCAGCAUCCCUAAUCAGGAGAUGCAGGAUCUCCGCGACGAGGUUGCCGGCCUUUGGGCCACCAUUGAAACCUUGCUGCAGCAAGUUGCCAAUGGCGACCGGCAAUUUCGGGAGAGUUUGGCAGCACAGGACCGACAUGCCGAUCUGCUGGAAGCUGAGUUAGAAGUCCUCUGCCGACUUGUCGUGUUGGCAACCGCUCAGCCUGCUGCUGGCACUGACCCCCUCGAUGUGCCGCCUGGUGAGCAAGCACCUCCGGCACUAACCACUCAGCCUCCCCCCGACACUCCAGCUGGUGAUAUGCAGCUGGGCACUGAACCUUCGUUGGCGCCCACUGAGGACACAUCUAUCCCGUUGGGCGCCACACCUGCCGGUACCUCCAUCGAGGCCAAUGUUGAACUGCCCACUGGUCCGGCGAUGCCUCACGCUGAGAUUGCUUGUUUGCCGGUAGCCAUGAAGGCCACCGAUGACGCCAUUAUGUAA